AAAUUGGUGGAUAGUAAAAUAUAAAAUUUGGCAAUGUGAGCUAAUCCUUGUGUCAAAUUAUUUGUUAGCUCGCAGCAAGUAAUUUGUAGUUUUUCCGAAACUUCAAAGCCUGUUUUGCUAAAAAUUUAAUCGUAAAUUACUCAGAACAUAUUUCAUAUUUUAUUAUCGAAGAAGUUGAAAAUCCUAUAUCACUAUUUAACUUUUCUAAAUAUGGUUUUGGAAAUUUCUCAGGAAACUUUCGAUGCAGCUGUUAAGGAAAACAUUGAACUGCUAGGUUUAACGCAGGAGGAAGCCGUUGACGAAACCGUCAAGCAAUUUGAGGCCCAAGGUGUAGAUUUAAGUAAAAUAGUAAAAGAGACCCUGUCAGAUCAAGAAACCUGCGAAAUAACCCAAGCCAUUAAACAACUUCAACAGUUCCAUAAGUCAAGAGAUUCUCCCGAAGAUGUGAUUACAACUUUGAAUGUAAUAAAAAGUGAAUGUGAAAGAGGUAUCCAACACAAAGUUUUAGCUGGCAAAGCAGGUGCAUAUGGCAUACUUUUAGACACAUAUUCAAUAUUUACUGAGAAAAAUGUGAGGCUGGCCUGCUUAAGGGCCUUAGUAGCCCUUAUGACUAAGCAGCCAGAUCUUUUGGACCCCCGUGGUAUAGAUUUUAUAAUGUCAAACUUAAACAACAAUACUCUAGACUUGGAGUUGCAAAGGCUGACUUUGAAGUGGACCAAAGAGUGCUGUGUGAUGCACGAAGUCAAUAGACAAAAAAUUUUUGAUGCACAUAUACUGAAGAAUUUAAAAGAAUUUUUAAACGAAAAGUCGCCCGUGGAACUGAUAAGAGAGUGUUUAGGGGUGUGCAGAGCGCUAGUACUAGACGAUGAUGUAAGAGUAGAGUUUGGGCGAGCCCACGAACAUGCCAAGGUUAUUGCUGGUGAAACAUUGGAUUCUAUUGUUAAUUUAAUGAUUAGAUUUAAACGUGAUGAACAGAUAGUUUAUGACUUGGUGUUGACAUUGACGUCGUUGUUGGUAAGGACAGAGUUUUGCAAAAAGGUUGAGGAGUCGGGCGGUUUGGAUCUUCUCAAAUCAGUAAUGGAAACUUUUCAAGGGAAUGAAAAAGUGAUUAGGCAAUGUUUUAAAUUGAUUAAAGCACUAGCGGGGAACGACGAGGUUAAGUCUCGACUAAUACAGUCGGGCUAUGGGCCGGUCAUUUGUCAUGCGCUCCAUUCCAACGUUGUCAGUGCCGCGACUGCUACGGCCGGUUUGUCGUGUAUCGCUGCAUUGACACUGAGAAACCCCCACAAUAGCAAAGCUUUGUUCGAAGAGGGCGUGGCGGAGGUUAUUGUGGAGGUUAUGUCGGUGCACUCUGAUCAGAAGCAAGUCCAGAAAACAGCCAGCUGGGCUAUAAGGAACAUGGUGUCGAGGAGCCGAUACCAAACAAAGAAGUUCCUCGAUUUGGGAGUGGAAGAUAUCCUGCAAGAGGAUUUGAAAAAGUUUAGAGACAUUGAAUACGACAUUAAGGCAUCGCUCAGGGAUUUGGGAUGUAAAGUUCAGCUUAAAGAGGAAUGGACCGGAAAGGGGGGUGCAUUGACUAGCGGUGUGCUAAUGGAUGACUAGGAAUAUAUUUCUUAAUCAUUCUGUAACUUGCUUGAAGCUUUAAUAACCAUUUAUUACUCGAACUUACACAUUUUUUGUAUGAAAUUUUUAAUAAAGU